ACUGCGUGGGGGACUAGGGUCUAGAUCCCUCUGCGUCUUUCCCGAAGGGUUGAUCAGACGCUUCCAUUGUAAGUUAGGAUUCGUCUGAGAAGAUUUCGACAAGAAACAGUUUUUUCUUGAAGAAAUGGCAACAUCUGCCAGCAGGCGCCUCGAGGAUGAGGUGACGUGCUCUUUGUGUAUAGAGCACUUCAACGAUCCUAGAGUGCUGCCUUGCUUGCACUCAUUUUGUCGGCACUGCCUGGAAGAGCUGGCAGUGCACUCUGAAGGGAAAGGAAAACUUGUGUGCCCCCUCUGUAAGGCGGAAUUCCAGAUUUCCCCGGCUGAUGUUUCGAGUUUGAAGGUGAACUUUAUGAUCAAUAGUAUUAUCUCUGUUCUUCCUUUGUUGACAUCUGAAGACUCCAAGAAGAAAACUGUUUGUCAAAUGUGUGAUAGUGGCGAUCCUGCCCAAGGGAGAUGUAACGAGUGCGAUCACUUUGUCUGUGAGCAGUGUAUCUCGGCUCAUAAGAGAUUUCGACCGUUGCAACACCAUACUAUCCUCAGUCUUGAUGAGAUCAAAAGCGGAAAGUUACUUGCAAUGAGCAAGGCUUCCUUCUGCACCAAACAUGAAGGUGAAGUGCUGAAACUGUUUUGCGAAUCUUGUAAGGAAGUAAUUUGCCGGGACUGCACCGUUGUUGAUCAUAAAAAUCAUGAUUACCUUUUCACAAGUGAUGUUAUCGCCCGAGAGAAAGAGGAAAUAUUGGAAAGAGCAAAAAAAGUUACAUCAAAAAUCACUGACAUUGAACAGGCGAUGGCAUUGGUUGAAAAGGCUCAACAACAUCUUGACGAAAAUAAACUUAUAACCAGGAGGAAUCUGGAUCAGUUUAUUGAUAAGCAGAUAGGGGCUCUUGAGAAGAUGCGAUCUGAUCUUAAGGAGGGAUCGAGUCAGCUUGUCAAAAGCAAGAGAAGCAGCUGACUGCCCAGAGAGAGAAUCUAUCCAUGAGACUUGCAAGUGCUCGUAGCAGUUUGGAGUUUGCUGAGAGAAUGUGCAGGGAAGCAAAUGAUGUGGAUGUCUUGUCCAUCAGGAAUGAAGUGCUAUCCCAGCUAUCCAGUCUAGCAGAGAAACCCGUGGAUCAGCCUUGUAUGGAGGGUGGAGUCCGUCUUGUAGUGGAUCAGGAAUAUUGGAGUUCCAUGUCAAAGAA